AUCGCCGUCAGUUCUGUCUUGUGUCAUUUAGCGGAAUGAAACUCACGGACCGACACGGGAGGAAAGCCCUCCUUAUUUAUUUAGCUAUCCAUAAGUAAUGGCAAGAUCAUCGUCGGGCUCGUGGCGUGGAGGGGCGCAGCCCAACAUCAUAGACCUAGAUAGGUACAUGCGAGCCGGGGUCCGACCUGCAGAUGAUGUGUCUGACGCACAAGAAAGCGAUCGACUGAUCGUGGACGCCGGCGGUCUGAGCAGAGAACUAAGGCGGUCCAGCAGUGACAGUUCAAGGGAGCAUACCGCACGCACCCAGUGCAAGAGGUACUCGCAUGACUCCGGACUCUCUGACGGCAGCUACGUCAAGAGAAGACACAGAGCACACAGACGUCAUCCCGCCUCGGACGUGUUGAUGAAGAGGCAGCAGCAGCCGUUGAAAGAAGACAGCUCGAUCCGGGACUUCAGGGUCGUCUGCGAGAAAGCGCUACUGGAGCAGCAGAAGCAAUUGGCGCGCGUCACUCAGCUGUGCGAGAAACUGACUGAGAGACAGGCGACCGAAAUAAAGUGUGACAGGACGGUCGUCAGGGAGUCUUCGGACAGCAGCGAGCUGUCUUCGACCAGUCGCAGUACCGGGGACGAGAGGCGAAAGGAUCAUAAUCGCACGCAGAAAUGCAAAACCUACAAAAUUAUAAUGAACAAACUGGACGAGUUGAACCGAGUCUUCGUGCAAAGAGGACGCUCGCCUCCCGCGCGCCCUCCCCUCUGCCCUGUCAACUUCACAGACAAGGUGGUCACGACCGACGUUGACAGGUCUGAAGGCUUGCAGAAACCGCAAAUAAUGAACCAGACCAUUUUGAAUAAAACCGGGCGGUGUUCUCCGUACGGGCGGGAACAUGUCGUGAUGCGUUCAAUGACACAAGCGUACGCUGUGGACAUAGCGCCAAAAGAAGUUUCCAAAUUAAACGGAGAAAGUCCUAACGUAUUAAUUGAAAGUGUGGUUAAAUCUGGACAGAGUUCUCUUGGAUCAAGAAACGGUAACUGCGACCCGCGAUGCGGUUUCGAUCUCAACGACCCAGUGCAUUUAUACUCACAAGCCAAGAGUCUUGGGACGAAAUACACCCACACAUUACCCGGAAGCGGCGUUCGUUGCGAGAAUCCUGCUGAUGUGAGCUCGCGUAGCAUAUCCCUGUGCGCCGUCUGCCGAGGAUACUGGAAAUCGUUCUGGAAAUACUUCUCUACACAAUUAAACGAGGGGCAUUGUAAAAGUUUUUAAGUUUUGGCAUAAAAAAAGAUAUAUUAAAUUGUUUUGUGAAAUUA